AUGAAGGGAGAGUCCGUGGUCACUGCGGCCCUUCAACCCGUGAUUGCCGCCUGCUGCCUUCACGUGAUCCGGCCUUGGGAGGGAGGAAGGAGGGCAGAUUUGUGGGGCCGAGGCCACGCCCACUCCGUGUCCCGCCCACCACGCGCACCACCCCUAAAAGCCCCGCCCACCACCCUCCUCGCCCUUCGCAGCCCCGCCCACUCCUCGCCCCGCUUCCCUGUUGGCCCCGCCCACCACACACGCAACCCCACAGCCCCGCCCACUCCCCCCUCGCCCGCCCCGCCCACUCAACAUCUAGCUUUGCUGUUGGCCCCGCCCACCCACGCCCGCCCUUCUCCCGCCCACUCCACGCCCGCUUUCCUAUUGGCCCCGCCCACUACACGCCCCGCCUCCCGCUCGGCCCCGCCCACCCCACACGUCGCCCUAGCAGCCCCGCCCACUGCCCUCUUCGCCCUUCGUAGCCCCGCCCACUCCACGCCUCACCUUCCUAUUGGCCCCGCCCAUCCAAGCCCCGUCUCCCGCUCGGCCCCGCCCACUCCUUGCGGCCGCCGUGCUGCCGGGCCGGACCCUGGGCGGGCCUGGCGGCCCUGCUGUGGGCCGGGACCCUGCUCGCCGGGACCCCCCCCCCGGGGGCCCCCCCAAAGGGAGCCCCCCCAAAGGGAGCCCCCCCAAAGCCGCUCGGUGCUGCUGGACCCCGCCUCCGGGCGGCUGAGCGUACUGGACGGUUGGCACCCCGACGCCGUCGCCUGGGCCAACUUCACCGACGCCAUCGCCCGGACCGGGUGGGCCUUCCUGGAGCUGGGCACCAGCGACCAGUACAACGACAGCCUCCAGGCCUACGCUGCGGGUGUAGCGGAGGCCGCGGUGACGCAGGAGCUCAUCUACAUGCACUGGAUGAACACCGCGGUGGAUUACUGUGGUCCCUUCAAGUACGAGACCGAAUACUGCGAGAAACUCAAGGGCUACGUGGAGGCCAACCUGGCCUGGAUGCAGGAACAGAUGGAGUCGGGCGAAGAUCCCGAAUACUGGCACCAGGUCCACCUCACCCUGCUGCAGCUGAAGGGAUUGGAGGACAGCUACGAGGGACGAGUAUCUUUUCCCACCGGGAGAUUGGCCAUCAACCCCUUCGGGUUCCUCCUGUUCCAGCUGUCAGGAGACCUGGAAGACCUGGAGCCAGCGCUGAACCGGAGCACGGGCAGCCGGAAGCGGGACCUGGGCACGGGCUCCUGCUCGGCGCUGGUCAAACUGCUGCCCGGCAACCAGGAGCUGCUGGUGGCCCACGACACGUGGAGCUCCUACCAGAACAUGCUGCGUAUCCUCAAGAAGUAUUCGCUGCGCUUCCGGACCGGGCCCCGAGAGGGGUCCCCGCUGGUCCCUGGCCACGAGCAGGCCUUCUCCUCUUACCCUGGAACCAUCUUUUCCUCCGAUGACUUCUACAUCCUGAGCAGUGGCUUGGUGGCCCAGGAGACCACAAUCGGGAACAACAAUGCUGCCCUGUGGAAAUACGUGCAUCCCCAGGGCAGCGUCCUGGAGUGGCUGCGGAACAUCGUGGCCAACAGGCUGGCCACUGAUGGGGCCACGUGGGCCAGCGUGUUCAAGAGGUUCAACAGCGGCACAUACAACAACCAGUGGAUGAUCGUGGACUACCACGCCUUCUCUCCGGGAGCCGCCGUGCCCCCGGCCGGGGUGCUGACCAUCCUGGAGCAGAUCCCGGGCUUGGUGGUGAUGGCUGACAAGACCGUUGAGCUGUACCAGAGAGGCUACUGGGCCAGUUACAACCUACCGUCCUUCGAGGCAGUGUUCAACGCCAGCGGGUUGCCGGCCCUGGUGGAGCGCUACGGGGACUGGUUCUCCUACAGCCGGACCCCCCGUGCCCUCAUCUUCCAGCGGAACCAGUCCCUGGUGCGGGACCUGGAGUCCAUGGUCCGGCUCAUGAGGUUCAACAACUUUGAGCAGGACCCGCUGUCACGGUGCCAGGCCUGCGAUCCCCCUCAGAAUGCAGAGAACGCCAUCUCAGCCCGCUCAGACCUGAACCCCACUAACGGGACCUACCCUUUUGGGGCACUGCGGCAGCGGGUCCACGGUGGCAUCGACACGAAGGUGACGUCGUCCCAGCUCGCCAAGGACUUUCGCUUCGUCGCCACCAGUGGCCCCACUUGGGACCAGGUUCCGGCCUUCCGGUGGAGUUCGUCCCCCUUCAAAGGGCUUGUCCACAUGGGCCAACCCGACCUGUGGCGCUUCUCCCCCGUCCACGUCCGCUGGGACUGAGGGGCCGCCUGCACCUCCUGGCCCCUGGCCCGCGUGCUGAGACUGAGAUUUCCUUCCCACUGCGUUGGGACCGAGCUCUCCUUCCCACCCCAUCUGCUGGGACUUGAAGUCUCCUUCCCACACCAUCUGCUGGGACUUGAAGUCUCCUUCCCUCCCCUUCCACCGGGUCUGAGCUCUCCUUCCCUCCCCUUUCUUUGGAUCCGAGCUCUCCUUCCCUC